AUGCCGUCCCAAUACAUUUUCCUAUUCCGGAGGCAUUUCUGGAAGCUUGUACUUUUGAUUACUGUAUUUACUUUCUGUGGAUUACUUGUUUCCUUGUGGAGUCAGACACCACCUAGACGAAAACUUGAGAAAUACAAUAUGGAUGUUAGUGAGAAGGAUCCUACGGAAGUGUACCUGGACAUAGGUGGAGGAACGAUCCAAAUGGGUAGACUGCAAAAGGAGAACUUUACCUUUGUAGAAGAAGAGGAUCCAAGUUUUGCAAUGACAUCAGAAACUUGUCGAGUGGAGUCAUGGAACAAACUGCAUUCAGAUCGGAUUCCAUCUCCAUCGCUGCAUGAUUAUUGGAUCAAAAAUGAUACAAGUAGAAAAGAUUAUCUUUACCACACAUCUCCUAGUCCACUAGCCGCUUUUGUUCAUCCAGAGCAUAUUACAGUAACCCUAACUGCUGAAAAUAUGUUUGGGAAAAAAGUGCACUGCCGAUAUUUUGACUGCAAACGAAAAGAGCUUGACAAUGUUUUUGAAUCAGUCGUGUUCCCGGAGUCUACUGUAUAUUGCGGAAGAAGAGUCGGAGCCAAGUACAUUUCGAUAACAGAGGGAAAAUAUGAUAUCCCGGAGACCCCGGUACCAAUUCAGAGUCGAAUUACAAAUGGUCCUCAACACUAUUUCACUGUUUGCAUGUCUCCGUUGUAUGGAGAAGAGCCGAAAUUCGUCCAGAUCGUCGAUUUCAUAGAAUAUCAUAAACUUCAAGGAGCCACAUUUUUCCACAUCUACAUUAGAAAUGUGUCUGCUUACGACCGCAUUUUGUUGGAUGACUAUGCAAGAACUGGAGAAAUUGAAGUGAUCGUUUUGAAUGAUCAUUACUGGAGAGCAGAUUAUAUGUGGCAUAUGGCACAAAUCAAUGAUUGUCAUAUGAGAAGUGUAAACUUUGCGAAAUGGACAGCUCUUCUGGAUAUUGACGAGAGGAUCGAGAUGAAAAAAGAUUGGAGGAUCGUGGAUUUUUUAGACACCAUUUCAAAUCCCAACAUCAUCAAUCUACAAUUUAAAGUGCAGUGGGUUUUAAAAGAUACCCUAUCUCCUGCUAGGUUUGAGAAUGAUAAGCAGUUUUUGGAUAAUCUCGUCUUCCGAAAGUUCCAUAACACAUCCCGAGUGCAAGACUGGCUCCAACCAAAAUCAAUCAUUAGGCCGGAAAGUAUCGCAGCAAUGGAAAUCCAUAAGCCUACAGCAAUUUACAAGGGUCUCGCAAAAAUAUACGUUAGUAGUAUAUUGGGAGUGAUCCGACAUUAUAGGAAUGUGGAGGGAGGAGCUUUGUUGAACAAUAAUAAGAGAGCACAAGAGGUUGGACCCUAUUCAACAACCGAAAUUGACCCGAAUAUGAAAUUCAAAUUGAGUGAUGCUUGCAUCCGUCGUGUGAAACAAGUCUACGACACUGUGACUUACCCUUGUGACAAAAUGCAGGAAAUGUAUCAUCACCACGGAUUAAAUCAUCCCUGUACUCUUCAAAAAUGA